CCGUGCGCGUGAGGUCUAACGGAGCCCGGGAACCGCAUCAGGACAAACGGACUGGGCUUCUGGAGGCGGACGGGCCCCCGAGCUGGGUCUUCGGGUCCAGUGCCAGAGCUCUCCAGAUCUUUGGGGGGGACCCCAGCGGAGCCACGCGGGAAAGAGCGGACUGGAGGGGCCAUCAGAGCCAUGAAGACCACCAGGGCAACCAGGGAGCCCAUUUUACCCCCGCUGUGGUAAAAACAGGUGGGGAAUUGUGAAGAUUCAGUAUGGAUUCAAGAUGGAGAUGUUGAUGGAAGGCUGUUGGUGGAAGCCAACUGGUCAGAAUCAGCCACCUUUGAACAGCCAUGGACUUGAGUGAUUUUGAAGCAGACAAUUCGGUCAGCUGCCGUCUGGCCUCUCCUGUGCCAGAGGCCUGCAAGAGCGAAGACUGUUGUCUGGGUAUCGAUGAGGCUGGAAGGGGUCCUGUUCUGGGUCCGAUGGUAUAUGGAAUAUGUUUCUGUCCCGUGUCCAGAAAGGAGGACUUAAAGGACCUAAAAGUGGCAGAUUCAAAGACUCUGUCAGAAGCGGAAAGGGAGAAUCUGUUUCUGAAGCUGGACAAGGCAAAGAGCUUUGUGGGCUGGGCACUUCAGAUCCUCUCCCCCAAUACCAUCUCCACCAGCAUGUUACAGAGGGCUAAGUAUAAUUUAAAUGCUCUCUCUCAUGAUGCUGCCAUAGGGCUAGUGCAGUAUGCUCUGGACUGUGGGGUGCAGCUCAAAGAGGUGUUUGUGGACACAGUGGGGCCAGCAGAAAAGUAUGAGGAGAAGCUCUCUCAGCGUUUCCCUGGUAUUAAAGUGACUGUGCGCCCCAAAGCUGACUCACUCUUCCCCAUCGUCAGUGCAGCCAGUAUCUGUGCCAAGGUGGCCAGGGACCAUAUUGUGAAAGGCUGGAAGUUUGCUGAAGAUCUGGGGGAAGUGGACAUAGAAUACGGCUCAGGAUAUCCCAACGAUCCGAAGACUAAAAGCUGGCUGUUGAAGUAUCUGGACCCCGUGUUUGGUUAUCCUCAGUUUGUGCGAUUUAGCUGGAGUACAGCACAGACACUACUGGACAGCAAAGCGGUCACCGUGCACUGGGAUGACGAUGAGGAAGACGGGGAGAAAGCAGCAGCUCGGCAAAAUAACACUUCCAUGCUGACGUACUUCAGCCGCAGUAAACCUGCCAGUGCACCGACACGGGAGACGCACCGCUUCUUUACCGAGCGCAGAUUGCAGAGCAUCGACACACUCUGAACACACGUUCACACACACACACACAAUCAUACAGACAAACACACAAUCAGGCACUGCAGAGGUCACAGAAAUGUGCUCAUUGUGAAUGGAUCUGGACCAACACUGUACUGUAAGUUCUCAGAACCAGCUCCACAGCUUCAGCACUGAAGUCCAGAGUCUGCAGGACGUCAUACGUUUCAUGUGUUUUAAUGCAUAAUUUCUUAAUGUUAAAGUAAUAAAUUGCAUAUUUUAUACAUUA